AUGGCUUAUCAUCAGUACAUUGACUACGAUGACCCGGCUGAUCAGGACCUAAGAGAGGACGACAGAUACUACGUGGACCGUCGAAGAGAGUAAGGUUUUUAUUUUAGAUUUUAUUUUUUGAUUUACUAUAAUAUAACGUUAUUUAUUUAGUUGUUGUGGUAGGAUUAUACUUUGGUCUUUAAAAAAUGGAAAAUCAAUUUUUUUGAUGUUUAGGUUUAAUUUUCAACAUUUCAGCUACAGAAAUGUAAACUCCGCAGCCUUCAUGGACAUGCCAUUGGAUCGUUACGUUUCGGCUAGAGAUGCUCGACAUCCAAUUCGCCAAAAUGUUGCCAGACGUUACAAUCAGUACGAAAAAGGCAGUCGAGGUCUGAAGAGAAUUAUUGAAGAAGAAAUGAGACACAAAAGCAGAAAUGUUGAUGUCAGAGUGAUUCGAAACCCGCCACGCAGAAAUACCCAGAAGAUCGUCAUCAUCAAGAAGAUCUACACCAACGGCUCCAAGGUGGAGAAGAAGAACAACAAGUAGGGAGAUCUUUUGUUAAAUUUUUGUUGUUUUUGUUAGGCGUGGUUACUUUUGUUGUUAUUUUUGUUAAGAGUGGAUACGCUGGGUAUUUUGGCGAUUUUUUUUAAAUUUUAAUUUCAGCAAUUUUAAAAAGCCACAGCCAUCGAAGAAGCACCAGAAGAAGGGUAACAACAAAAACACAUCCAGGAAGCCAACUAUAGAAGAGUUGAACCGAGAACUGGACGAGUACAUGAAUUCGGCCAAGAAGGGGAAGUCGAGCAAGGAACUGUUGGACGCCGAACUCGAUGAAUACAUGAGCUAUGCCUAA